AUGAAGUUUCCCACCUUGCCAACUUUCAACGGAGAAGGAGAUCUGAGGGACUAUAUGUCCAGAUUUACUGCUACCAUGGGGCUUUUAAGCGUCUUAGAUGCAAACUUGUGUCGCGUAUUCCCGACCACACUCACAGGAACCGCUCAAAGAUGGUAUAACAAACUCAAGCCAGGGUCGAUCAAGAGCUUUGCCUCUCUGUCAACGGAGUUUCUCAACGGGUACCUUACUAAUAUACCAGCUACAACGAUCACCAGCAUCCUGAGGUCGUGCAUUCAGGAAGAGGGAGAAAUGCUAAGAAGUUACGUUGAACGAUUCAACAAACAAGCUAUGAAGAUAGACAACUUGAAUGUCGAUAUGGCAACGGAAGCGCUGCGAGAAGGAACGCAAUUCGGCAAGCUGGUGGAUAAACUGCUAGUCAACAAACCCACCACUUUCUCAAACCAGAUGGGCAUAGCCCAAAAAUAUUUCGAGCUUGAUGAAGGCCGCAGGGCUAUUCGUGGAAAAGAGGCGAAAGGGAAGGAAUCAAAGAAAAGUUGA